AUGCCUCGUCCGCGCGUCAAGGACGAAGACCGGAAACGCGUGGCGCGGGCCUGCGACACCUGCAAGCGCAGAAAGGAGAAAUGUGACGGACAACAACCUUGCCUGCUCUGCAAGCGCCGUUGUCGCGAGUCUGAAUGCGUCUUCACCGAGGCCUACUCCAAACGAGGCUCACAGCGUCAGGGCAGUACCGCGUCAUCUCAUCCCAUUACCCUCAAGGAUGCCUUGAACGAGUCGAAUGAUGCCGAGAUCGCCAUCGAGUCGCUCCUCACGCUGUCCGGGUCGAGAAGCGCCCCAAAGUCUCCCCAGUACGACAAGGAUCCGGAUGCACUCGUGUCGAGAGCCCCUGUGCCGAAGCUGGCCAGACUGCUCCGCGAUGGUCGCGGCAAGUUCAUCUUCGUCGGUGACUCGAGCAACCUGGCGUUUGUCCAGAACAUUCGCCGCCUGGUCAAGGCAGAGAUUGGAGAGUGUCAAUUGACCUCGGACCCGCUGCGACAUGCCAUGUGCGAGGUCAUUCCACCUCCCAAGGCGCCGACGCCGGCGCAGUCGCAACACCCGAAGCCUAGCUUGGCUGAGGCCCAGGAUCUGAUCAAACAUUAUCUGCUGGCGUCGAGCGGCGUGAUUGACCUCUUCGACCCUGACGAUAUCACUCACCAUCUGUGUGCGUGGACGAGCGACCCAUCCGCCGAGACGGAUUUCAACAGUUCCAUAUAUUAUCUAGUCAUGGCUAUCGGCGCCCUGACGCGCGACGCGGAGGACCUGGAUCAGGCAGAAUUCUACUUCUCCCGUGGUCGGGAGAUCGGGGUCUCGAGUUUCUUGGAGGAUCCCAGUGUCCUGACCAUCCAGGCCUACGCCUUGAUCACGUUCUACAUGUUGUCCGCCGUGAGAAGAAACGGCGCAUUCAUGCUGCUAGGCAUUGCCGUCCGAGCUGCGUAUGCUCUAGGGUUGCACAGAAGCGACAUAUCAAACUUGUUCGAGCCGAGAGAAAGGCUCGCGCGCGAGCGAGUGUGGAAGAGUCUGCGCGUCCUCGACCUCUACAUGAGCGGCUCACUCGGCCGACCGCCAGCGACAUCCGAAGUAGACGGUGGAAGUGUGUCUUGGAACCGCUCCACCAGAGACUACGAAGAUAUCCAGAUGAACGGACGCAACACCUCGGCGACAUUGAGGAUAUGUUUUAUCUUUGAGCGGAUAUUGAAUGAGGUCUAUUGUCGUCGGGAAGUAUCUGUUCAGCUUGUGGAAAGCAUCUCCCGGCAAUAUCGAGACUGGACCAUGCAGUUGCCGGCAGGUCUGCAAGCCGACAGUUUGGACCAGAAGAGUGGCUCUACUUCCCCGACACUGCGACAGACAAUCGGCAUCGCCCAUUUGAAGGGCGCUUAUUAUUGGUCGAUUAUUCUCUUGACCAGACCAUUUCUGAUCUUCAAGGUGUCCUCGAAGAUCAAAGGCCGUUCCGAGGAUGACGACGGCGCCGGAAACUCGGUGACAAUGACUCUAAGUGAGGCCUGUAUUGAUGCUGCGUUGAGGAGCAUCGAGAUUGCGACCGAUAUUGUUCAUACCCCGGGAGUACCCAAGCGAUUGUUCAUGAUUACCAACAGCACAUUUAUAUCGGCUAUGGUGAUCGGCUUUGCCAUCUUUGGCGACUUCGAUAAGACGUUCCCGUUGCUCAGCAGCAUUGCCCAAGCGGAAGCUAUCUUGACAAUCAUGGCAAAGGAUGACAUGUCGGCCCGACGACACUUUGAGAUCACCAGCUAUCUGCGCCUGGCAGCGAUUGAGCACAUUCGACGGCGAGACCAAAUGCAAAUGCAGAGGCGCCGACAAGACAUCCACAACAUUUUUGGUGAUCCUAUCAACAAGACAAACGGUGCAGGUUCAAGCAAAGCGACUACCGGCAACCACACACCCAGUCAGAUUUCGGCCUCAGAAAUCGCUCAGACCAAUGAUGGCACAACGGCGCUGUUUGAUGCCGCAGAGGAAUCUGGUGACGCCGCGCCACCGUGGCAGCUGCGCUUCGACAUGCCGCCAGAGAGUCGCGGCCCUGUGUUGACCACCUCUGGAGUAUUAGCGUACAAUGGGGAGGAGGCUACUGAUCCCAUCCCACCUCUGCCACGCACCGAUUUCGGACAGAUGCCAGAAGCAGAUUACCUCUCACCAGAUGGGUCCGGAAUACCAAGUCUACCAUCAUACACUGAAGAGUUCCCACUCUUCUCGUUAAUGACGGACUUCGAUCAGCUGCAGGAUCCUUUCUCGAUGGUCAGGCCAUGA